CUUGCCCUAUCUCAGGCAUUAACAUGCACAGAAAAAAAACACAAGUCACGGAAAUACAAAUUCCAAAAUAGAGAAUCCACAAACAGUUCUGGGGAAAGAACAGACUGAUGCGAGGGUGACUUGCUUAAUGGGCACACGUUUAGCCAACGAUGAAGAGUUGGCGAGCACACAAAAAAUCGACUGUGGAAUCGCCAACAUGUGAGUUUUAACAACUGACGUUAGCAGACUUUGUUGCAUUUCGGUUACGAGGUGCAUAAUGACUUUUAAUUCAAAGAGGAUGCACCGUGCGGAUUGACUUAAAGACAACUAUGAAAAAUGGCAGAGAGACACAAGAGGAAUGCAUCGGUGUACCGCAGCGUCUCUUUUAAGAAUUUGGGCUCGCGGGGCGCCAACAAAAGUGAGGAGGUACAAGACAAAUGUGAGUAUUUGGAGGCAGCCGGUGGCUCUCUUCCUCUUGAGCCCAGCCGGUCAGAACAGCGUCAUGUCAGUGCGUCAAGAAAAGUUUCCAAAAUCUCUGCCACCACAACCACCGGGACCGCAGAGCCAAAGAAAGCCUCCUCCGCCCCUCUCUCCUCCAUUUCUCCCUCUAUCCGCCAGCUCACCGAGAAAUUCAGUAACAGCAGCAGCAGUUGUAAAAGUGGGGGAGGAGGAGGCUCCGAGAGGACCAACAACGCCUGUCCGGGAGACGUUACAGCAGUGCCGCGUGAGAGCAGCACACUUCCCCGAGUCAGAACCUCCAGGAGGAGCAGCUCUCUAUCUCGACUAUCCUUGCACCAGGACGGCGGGGGAGCAAUCUUGUCGGACAACAAAUCUUUUUUGGACAAAGUGCAAAAGUUCAACUCCAGCACGGAUUCUGUCUCUGGUUCGGACUCUGAGAGAAGAAUUAAAAGUCGGACUUGUGCACUGUUAACAAACGACAACACUGGUAAGAAAAAAUCUUGCACAUCUGAUCCCCAAAACAAUUGUAUUAUCAAUAAUGAAGAGGACGUCACGAUUAAUGGACCUUGUAAGUCUCACACAAUUUACCCAUCCAUACCUUGCAGUGAAUUUAUUUCCCUGCAUUCUGAUAAAUGGCCCAGUGUGACAAAAAUCCGACAACUUUUUGAUGAGAGACAGAAGCAAGGCCACAAUUACGAGAAUUUAAGACUGGUUGGUCGAUGUGAUUUAAGCCAGCGAAGCAAACCUGAGGAUAAAAGCAGCAAACUCUCUUUUUGCACUUCAACUAAUGAAGCCAAAAGUCCAUAUUUGUCUCAGGCGAGCUUAGUUGAAGGACAGAGCCCAAACAGCACUGCUGUCAACCAGACACUUUGUGACACUAUGGACUUGCGCUCCAAAAUAUAUGAGCAGCAGUAUAUGCUUGAUGAGGAAGAACACUUAACUUCAAGUUAUUGUAAUGACAAGAUAUGUGGUCGAAAAAACAUUCAAAAUAGUAGCAUUUGGAGUUGUUCUCAGGAUUGCCGUGAUCAAAAAAGUAGCUCGUCUCCUUUCAGAUGUAACAGCCCCAACUCAGUGGCAGAGGCUUCCCCUCAAACUCCCACACUGAUCGAGUCGACCCCUGACCCUCACAGUGACCUUCAGACCUCUGCUACUACUUCUCGGCACAGUGUGGUGAGCCAGGACACCUUAUGCGCCUCCUUUCUUCAGGAGCCAAUAGUGAGGGAGAGAAGGGUUAGUCAGGGGGUCGGGCUGGCGAGGGAUAGUUUACAUUCCUCACAUAGCUCCUCUACAGCUCCCGACUCUCCCCCCUUGUUCCCCCUCUGUGCUCCAGCUCUAGAUAAAGCCAUUACCUCCUUCUCAACUGUACCUCCCUCCUCAGCCCCUGCCAAAUUUGACUCUCUGCAUAGCUCUCGAUGGAGGUUUAGCUCUGGAAACGAGGAGGAGGAGGAUAGCAGAAGAAAAAGAGAAGGUGCAGGCUGCAGUGGCCCCUCUCAUCCUUUUGUUGGCAUCAGUGGUGGAGAAAGGGGUGUCAAAGAGCGAGGUGAAAGUUAUUUGUCCCGCACUAAAAAUGGCCGGUGGAGUGCGAAGGGCAUCGGUAAAUCUUCGGGCAGUGAAGAGGAGAGUCCUGGUUCUUUAGGACCAUCCAGUAGGGAGGCUGGGCGUCGCCGCUCUCUGAGAAAAAAGAAGCGUUUCUGUGGUGGUGCUUCAGCGACAGGCCGUGAUGAUGGUAACGAUCGUGAUGGCGAAUCAGACGACAGCGACAGUGAGCCCUCCGUGACCAUGGAGCAUUUGGAUAAGACACGCCAUGCGACCACGGGAGGAGAGCUAUUGCAAAGACUGUCACGGAGCCACUCUGCAAGAGAACCCACUUUUCACAUGAACAGAAACAAGGUGCAGCAGCAAUGGGAGCGCAUCUCUUCACCUGUAGCACCCUCAACACUUCCUGCUGUGUCUCGAGUGUCAAAGGUCAACAUUCCCCCUUUUGGCUCCCGUUAUAGCAGCCGAUAUUCCAGCACUGAGGCGCUGAAGGUGGAGGACCAACAAAGCUGCAGCAACCGUGGAGCAAGCAAGUUUUUGCACACUGGUGGAGACAACACUGCCAGAAAUGCUUCCUCAUCUAUGUUGAGUAAAACGUACUAUGGGAAUUUUACCAUGUACCGUUCCCCUAGCUUUGGACAUGGGGAUAAUUUCUCUCGUACCCAAGUGCGGACUCGCCCCAAGAUUGUGCCCACAGUCACUUCCCCCUCUGGGGUCCUCGCUAGAGAAGGAAGAUUAACUGAGGCCAUGCGAUUACAGCAGACCACAGGAGAGGAUAGGACUGGUUUAAAAAAUGGAAUAUCCAAAUCCAACCCUGAUAUCGCAACAGAAACAAUGACACUGCUAAAUUUCCUGAAAUCAGACUCGUCAGAGCCGAAGGUGCGGAAAACUAGUGAGGAAGAACAAUUUGGACUCGGCCCACAGAGUCACAGUGGGACCUUGUUGCCCGCUAGUCGUCGCUUGUCCCUCAAAGACUUGACGGCUACGCUGCGGCGUGCAAAGUCCUUCACAUAUUCUUGUAAAUCCCAGUCAACUCUGCGUUGUUACCUGGCAGGUGGUACAACCACAAGAAGCCCUUCCGAGCAACAGCUUGACUUGAAUAGAGAGAAGAUUGGCAGUAGUGCGUCCCUGUGUGACAGAGAAGUAGAAAGCGAUGGAGGUGACUCAAGGAUUGGAAGAAGACAGAGGUUGUUGGAUUAUGGAUAUGAUGACGAUGACGAGGAAGUGAUGCCAACACCGUUGCAAGAAAGAUACGUACAGGAAGCCCGACAGGUUAUUCAGGAUAUCUGUCAGAUGAGCACCAGAGAAGACGAUGAUAUUGAGAUGAAAAGUCUGAAUGACUUUGAAGAUCAACAGAGAAUCUACAAAACGGAUGAAGAGAAGAGAAAAGGAAUGAGUACUGAAGGUGAGGCAGAAACAGACCAAGGGGCUGAAUUUAAGAUCACGGCGGCAAGAGAUAAACAUGAGAGGGAGAGAGAGAAUGGGGAGAGGGAGAAGAGAGAGAGGGAUGGACAAAGUAUGCAGCCGGAGAAGCUAAACAGUAGGGAUACAGACUACCAGGAGAAGGUGCCGAGACAGAACAGAGAGACGGCGAGAGCGUUACUGAAGGGGGACUCGGAGGAAAGCGUGUGCUAUGACCGUUCCGUGGAUGAACUUUCAGGCCACGAGUCGAGUUUAACAGAUGAAGGGAUUGUAACGGAGCCAGAGAUUGGUCCUAGUGACCCCUCCGAAAGGGCUUUGUUGGAGUUAAGAGGGGUUAAUUUGGGUUCGUGCAUUGCUAGGGAUGUACUCGGGCAGCCUGUCACCAUAUGGAAACAAUCAGCGCUCCAUGAAGAGAAAGGGCUUCAGGAGGAAAGAGAGGAAAUGAUGGAGAACAAUACUGGCUGUACGAACCGUCUGAAUGAAGUCAGCAUACCUCCGUCCUUGCUCCACCCCUCCUGUCUGGAAGAGAGUGACGGCAUUAUCACAGACUCCAUUGCUGGGCUCAACUGUGUCGACACGACCAAUGAUGCAACCAACAAGAGUAAAGCUGUACUGCAGGCAUCUUCUGCUACUCCAGGAGGCCUCGAAGCACCUGCAACCCCGAGUGCUGUUCGUCGAAGACGCAAGUUCUCCCCUCCAGGUAACAUGAUUGCAGCCUCAGAGGUUUGUAAAAGUACCACAGACUCAACAACAGCUGCUGAAGCAAAUGGGGAGUCAACAGUCUAUCGCUCUCUAAGUGAUCCUAUGCCUCAGAGACACUCUUCUGUGGUAGAGGAGGAAGUUUUUUCCUCUGUUGACAGCAACCUUUUAGGGUCUCUUGCUCUCAAAGGCGGAGGGCUACCCGACACCCCUGCUAUUCCAACCUUAGAAUACAAAGGAAGUGUGGCCAGUGACUUGUCUGUAUACAGCGAUGGCGGACUUUGGGAAGAGGUAGUUGGUGACUACAGUGGCGUAAUCAGGAGUAUUGUGGCCGAGCCCGGAGCGAUGAACAGACUGAUAACUGAUGAUCAUGGCAAUGGCAAAGCUCCCAAGAAGAAAUCCUUUAGUGACCCCAGCCGACGAAGUGAUGCAUCUUUGCUUUCCCACCAUGACUCUCAGUUUAAAGGUCAGUCCUUCAGCACUGGACCAAUCAAUGAGCUGGAUCAGACAGGUGCGAUCCCAACUUCCAGCAGCGAGCCGAUCCUGAACAAGCAUAAGGAAAAACCAUGGGAAGUAGAGAGCCAGCCUCAGGAGGACAUAACCACACAGUCACAUGAUUGUCACCAUGGAAGUAGCAACGUUGACAUCAUGAAGGCUCAUUCCCAGUCACGCCAUCCAGCCUAUGGGGACAAUGUUGUAGAUCAAGGUGGACAAAAGAAAGCAGAGGAGACAAGGAGGUUUAAUUUUGAUCUCAAGCUUGCUGAAGCUUUAUCUCCUAGGAUAGCUCGACGAUCCCCUAGAAAGCGCCCAAACAGGUUGGCUCAGUUUUUUUCUCACGAAGACCCAUUGGAGCUCCCAGAACUAGAUCAGCAAGAUGGUCACCGUGAUACAUCUGAGCUCACACCUCCUCUCCCCGCAUCCAAACCAAAGACCAGACCUAAGCAUGUAAGACAUGCCAGCGAACCUGCUACUUUCAUACCCAUCUCGCCUCCUCCACAACCACAACCCCUCAAGGAAGAGAACAGUCUCUCAAACCAACCUACUGGAGGUUCGACAGCUCUGAGUAAGAGCCCAGUAGACAAGGUUCCAUUUCUAGAGGAUGUGACUCAGAAAUAUAUUCUUGACAUCAACACUCCUGAGAGAGACACAGAUGUUUCAGGGCCUCUCCCUGGGGAUAGGGAUGGGGCUGAAGGUUCUAUGUCUUCAUCUGAGGGGCCCAGCGGGAUGUUCGCCAGUCAAAUGACAGGAGCUGUACCUCAGAAGGGUUUGGACCAUGCACCAUCUGCAAUAGCUCCCCAGAGGACCAAGCCUAGAGUGGACAUGAGAAAGCAUGUGAUGAUGACACUGCUGGACACAGAGAGAUCAUAUGUGGAGUCACUGCGCACUCUGAUUCAGGGCUACAUGCGUCCUCUCAAACAACCGGACGGAGGCUCCAUCGUGGACCCACUGCUGGUGGAUGAAAUGUUUUACCAAAUCCCGGAGAUCCUGGAGCACCACGAGCACUUUCUGGAACAGGUGGACGGCUGCGUCAACCAGUGGCAUGACAGGAAGACUGUUGGACACAUCCUCAUCCAGUCGUUCUCCAAGGAGACUCUGGCUAAUAUGUAUUCAGCUUACAUUGACAACUUUCUGAAUGCCAAAGAUGCCGUGAGGAUCGCUAAGGAGGCCAAGCCAGCCUUUCACAAGUUUCUGGAGCAAAAUAUGCGCGAGAACAAAGAGAAGCAGGCUCUGGGUGACCUGAUGAUCAAGCCCGUCCAGAGGAUCCCUCGAUAUGAGCUUCUGGUCAAGGACCUUCUGAAGCACACACCAGAUGACCACCCGGACCACUCCUUCCUGCUGGACGCCCAGAGGGACAUCAAGCGGCUGGCAGAGAAGAUUAAUAAAGGACGUCGCUCUGCUGAAGAGGCGGAAAGGGAGGCCAGGGUCAUUCAGGAGAUUGAGGCGCAUAUCGAGGGAGUGGAACAUAUUUUGAAUCCCCAGAGGAAGUUCAUCAGGCAAGAGAUUGUCAUGGAAGCGAAGACAGUUGGCGGCAAGAAGGACCGCUCGCUCUUUCUCUUUAGUGAUCUGAUCAUCUGCACCACGCUGAAGAGGAAGUCUGGAUCACUGAGACGCAGCUCUAUGAGCCUAUACUCUGCCACUAGUGUAAUCGAUACAUCGAGCAAGUAUAAGUUUCUGUGGAAGCUUCCUCUGGAAGACGUGGAGCUGGUGAAAAGUUCCACUCAGACAACAAAUAAGGAAAACGUGCAGAAAACCAUCAGUCGACUCGAUGAGGAUUUGAGCACGCUGGGUCAGAUCAGCAAAUUGUCGGAGACCCUCAGCUUGCCGCACCAGCCCUUAGAUGAGGUGAUGAAGGAUCUGGUAGCCUCUGUGCACAGGGAGCUGUCGGAGAAGCAGUCUCUGGCCUUCAAUAUGACCUUCCUACCCACCAAACUGGAGUUCACCACCGUAUCGGCCGAGAAUAGCUUUGUUUUUGAGUUCACGUCACCUGACGUUCGCUCAAACUUUGAACAGGCAUUUGAGGAAGCAAAAAAGAAGCUGGCCAUGACUCAGGACCAGUGGGAUCCAGAAUUCCUGAAGGCGAUUCCCAUUAUGAAGACACGCAGUGGAAUGCAGUUUUCAUGUGCAUCUCCGAGUCACACCUGCCCCGACAGUGGCUGCGAGGUGUGGGUGUGUAACAGUGACGGAUAUGUUGGACAGGUUUGCCUGUUGAACAUUAAAGACGAGCCCACAGUCGAGGCCUGUAUUGCUGUUUGCUCAGCCAGGAUUAUCUGUAUUGCUGCUGUCCCUGGCCUGAAGGGGAGGGAGCGUGCACCAGAAGCUGCCCCACCAUCCACAACACCUGAGCACGCUCAGCAGCAGUUACAUAUUUCCAUCUCACAUUCUUCUUUGGAACUGGCCGAGCAACCAACAGGUCCAAGUGCUGAGCUGGUCCCAUUUGACAGUGACGACACAGACGAUGAGGAUUCACCAAGCCCUUCAUCCACUCUACAGAGUCAAGCCAGUCACUCCACCAUAUCUUCCAGCUACGGCAAUGAAGAGACUCCGUGCUCCAAAGACUUGGCUGCGGAGACCACCAGCAGUGAGGAGGAACAGGAGUUCUCGGUGACAAGCGCAUAUUCAGCUCCGGGGAUGUUGGCAGUUGGCGGAGGAGGUCGAGCCAACACGGAGAGCCCCAUGGACGGCCGCGCCAUGCGCCGCUCCUCCCGGGGAUCUUUCACCAGAGCCAGUCUGGAAGACCUCCUCAGUAUUGAUCCAGAAGCCUACCAGAGCUCUGUGUGGCUUGGCACCGAAGAUGGAUGCAUCCACGUAUACCAGUCCUCGGAUAACAUCCGCAACCGCAAAAACAGCAUGAAGAUGCAGCACGCGGCUUCCAUUUUGUGCAUAUUGUAUUUGGACAACAAAGUCUUUGUGUCGUUGGCUAAUGGUGAGGUCAUCGUCUAUCAGAGAGAAGCAGGUAGUUUCUGGGACUCUCAAUCGUCCCAGACAUUAGUUCUGGGUACUCCCAGCAGCCCCGUCACCAAAAUGGUUCAGGUCGGAGGAAAAUUGUGGUGCGGCUCCCAGAACAGAAUCCUAAUCAUGAACUCAACGACACUGACGCAAGAGCAUCACUUCCAGGUGGGAACGGACAGCAGCCGAUGCGUGACUUGCAUGGUGGCGUACGGUCAGGGUGUGUGGUUGGCCCUGCAAGGCAGUGCCCAUGUUAAACUGUACCACGCUCAAACGUGGGAGAGCCUGACGGAGGUCGAUGUGGCGCCUGCCGUUCACAAAAUGCUUGCAGGUGCAGAUGCAAUCAUCAGACAGCACAAAGCCGCUUGCCUGAGAAUCACAGCGCUGCUGGCCUGUAAAGAUCUGUUGUGGAUUGGCACCAGCGCAGGUGUGGUCCUCACCUUGCCAAUCCCAGCAAUUAAUUCUGGAACAGGUACAUGCGCGGUGAAAACCCCCCUAGUUCCAAUGGGCUCCGCCCACGGACACACGGGCCACGUUCGAUUCCUGACAUCAGUCGAGUUACCGGAAGGUUUGGGAAUUAACAUCCGUCCUCCCACAUUGGAUUCCACAGGCAAGCAGUCGCAGGAUUGCACCGUUAUCGACGGCAGCCUUCAAAGGCACGAUUCCACUCGCCGGCGAGCCUCGGCCCACCUGCCUCCCAAAAACAAUCAACUUGUCAUAUCGGGCGGCGAUGGCUAUGAGGACUUCAGACUGAACAAUAGCAGUGAGACUAUCGGGCGGGAUGACAGCACCAACCAUCUUUUACUGUGGAGAGUUUGAGAUCAUCAAGCCCAAUUUGGACUUUCGGAUCCAACUUUUUCACGUACUGCAUACAAAUGCUUCAGCCUUAUGUAUGUUGGUGUUGUUUUGGCUCUGCUGUGCAUUAUGGCUUUGAAAUCCCUCUUAAACGUACACGCGAGUAUGUUUAUUUCCAAAAACAUAGUCCUGGCAUGUGUGUUUAUUCUAGGACGAGCUGCACAACAUUGAGUGGAUUUAAUUUUUUUUUUAAAUCAUGGCGUAUUAAAGAUCCAUGAAAAAGAAGUCUGUAAGAGGUAGAAGACGCCGAAGUCAAAUUACUCCUCGUCUUUUGUCUCAAUUUGACUUGCAAGAAGUUGCAGCAAAAUGUUUUUGUUCAAGAAGCAUGACCACGCAAAGCAUUCCGCAUUGUCGUGAGAUGUCAUUUUGUACUGUGUUCAGUGAUAACGGGAUGCUGACGAUUAACCGAGAGGUUCAGCGUUGAAGUAGACUUCUUGAAACCUGAUUGACCCCCCGAGAUCAGAUUGAGGCCAACAUAUCCUCAGCAAAGAGUGAUCCAGUAUUUAAAGAACACACUGAAGGAGAGGAUCCAAGCACAUGAACAAGGUGCAAUAUGUUAGGAAGUUAUGUCGCCACUUUUUGCGCGUAUGUUACAAUCCAUCACUUCUAAUUAUCGGAAUUAUUACUCAUUCAUUCUUGGAUCCACGUGUGUGUUUUCCACUAAUACAAAGUUAUCAUUACCUGUUUAAUGUUUAUAGACGACACCAAAAUUAAGUAAGUCAUGUGUCUGUACAGACAAAAAUACCUUACGUGCAUUACCAUGCCGUGAUUAUGCCAAAGCCUUCGUUCUAUGUCUUAGUUUGAGUGAUCGGAAGAUUUAUUUUGACCGGAUGACAAUUCGGCACGGAGAUUGCCGACUUUCUCAGCAGGGGCUUUUCAAGUUGUUAUACUAAGUAGCAGAUGAAGAUAGUUGUGUACAGUAUUUAUGGUUUUGACUUCAAGUUAUGCUAGACAGCACUUAAUUUAUAGAAGAUGUAGCUUUCACCGUUUCUUCAUGAGUAGAGGUUCAACGAGGUCGCAGUGUCAAUUCCGGGGCACGCGAAUUGAGUCCGAGAGCGCAUACAGCACAGGGAAAUAACUGAAGCCUCAAAGAUACUUCAGAUUUCAUUUGAUUUCGUUCACCGCAACACUUACUGUCAUGUUUCCACACACUUGGCCCCAAUCUGAACACGAUAAGGGCGCAAGUGCAAAACUGCAAAUAUAUAUUUGCCAUAUUUGCAAGAAAAAAAACGCGAAAGCAUAAAUAUAUUAUUUGUUUCUUAUUUUAGUGUAUGAGUGGCGUACUGUACCCGUGAUUCAUUUUCACCUGCUUUCAUUUCAGUCUUUAGUGUGAAUGCGCUAGAUACUGAGUAGGUCAGAAGGACAAUUGCUAAGCGCCUGCACGUGCCUUCGUAAGGCUAGAAGUUAAGCCAUUUUACACAUUUGCGCAUGCACGCACACACACACACACACACACAGAUGUCAGUGGAAGUGAAGGACAGGUGAAUGUAUCCUUACACGGAUCGUAGCCUCGGGAUUUCAGGUUUAGCGCUGAUCGUUUUGGAUCACUCCAAGCCGAGAAAGCGCACCAUCAGCCAUCUGGGCUCUUCACCUUUUGCAUCAACAUUGGGUGGCCCAUCCCACUGCGAGGGGGGGGCUAAAUUUUAAGUGGAUUAAACUGGCUAUUGUGAUAUCUGAUUGGUGGUUAAUGAGAGCUUGACCUUGCAUGACAUUGAAGAGCACCUGUCUUAGCAUUUGCUGAAUGCUUUCUAUCAUUGGCUGCAAUUUUCUUCCCGUAAUUUAGUUUCAUCUGUGGCCAGUACGUGGUCGACCACAUUAGACAUUUUAAUCGGUUGAAAGCACAUAUUGGAGAGAUUUUGUUUUUUUUGAAGGAUCGUAUUAGUACUUCAUCAAUUUACAGUACACAAACCAGCCAUUACGUUAGGUUCAUCUGCACAAUCUAAACAGAUACAAUAAAAAAAUGCUGCUUCACUUAAAUGAAUUUGCCCUUUAGGAAGAUGUGGCUGGUCCAAAAAAAAAAGUUUACUUUUGUUCAGACUAAUAAUAAAAUAUUAAAGAAAUACUUCCACCGAAUGCUGAGACAUAAGACAAAUUGGAUUUUUGAAAAUGCCAAGUGGUUCAAGGUCAUCGUUUAGUCUUUUUUGAUGGUCAAGUGUGUUACUAGUGCCAAAAAUCUGUGAAAAUGCUGUACCGUACAAUGUUGCUGGUUAUAGGGUCCAGAGGAGCAUGCAGCUGUGUUUUGUGUAUACAAACCAGAACAACAUUCACGCAUUAUCUAUGUGCAAGCUGUGGAUCAGUGUGGUGUUUUACAAUUUUACCAUGAGUUGUCCACAAAACAAAAACAAAAAGUAGGCGCAAUUUCUUGAUGCUUGACCCAACGAUUUCCUAAAUUACUGUAGGUUAUAAUAAUGUCCAAAUAUAAUUUAAUUUUGUCACUGUCUGCCUUGCGGUUAUCUUUCUGUAUUUCCUCAGGCAAUUAAAAAAAAAACGUUUUUUUCAGCAGGCAUGUUUCACGCUUAAAGUUGACUUCCACAAUACUGAAGAAUAGAAAAGAUGAUCUGGUCCAUGAAUCCCUUAAAUUUAUUUGGCUUGUUUGUGACCUCCUCAUGCCUGAUAUGGGCAAAGUCUUUAUUUUUGUAAAUAUUGGUAGAGAUGACCUUUUUCUGUAAAUAAAGCUCCCAAGGUCCCCAAUUGUCGAUAUUAGUCCAAGGGCAUAUUUUUAUAUAUUUGUGGAAAGCUUUUUGCUUGUGUUUCUCUUUUGUUUUUUUCUCCUUCCAACGUGCCCUGUGAACACCAUGUGUAAAUUAUACCUGUCAUCUCUCCAAAAGAAGACUAGAUGGUCUCUAUUAUGACCAAGCAAAAGAUUUGUGCCAUAUGUGUUGUUGGUGAUUGCCAUAUUCACUCUUGACUGUGUUUUAAACAUCUGAAAGGGGUUAACAAUUGCCUUACAUCUUGUAGUUGUCAUUUGUCACUUCCGGUGUUUGCCUGUUCUUGUUUUGUCAUCAUUGAUUAAUUAAAUACGUUCACUGGU